AUGCAGUUCAAAGAAAGUGUGAAGCAGUUUGCAGAAGAGCAUAUUGCUCCUCGUGCAUCUAAAAUCGAUCAUGAUAACUCUUUCCCCAAGGAUGUUAACUUAUGGAAAUUGAUGGGAGAAUUUAACCUCCUUGGAAUUACUGCUCCAGAGGAAUAUGGAGGACUUGGUCUAGGUUACUUGUACCACUGCAUGGCAAUGGAAGAAAUCAGCAGAGCUUCAGGAGCUGUUGGCCUUUCUUAUGGUGUCCACUCCAAUGUCUGCCUUGAUCAACUGGUGAGGCACGGAACACCAGCUCAGAAGGAGAAGUAUUUACCAAAGCUUAUCAGUGGGGAGCAUGUUGGAGCUACUUCUAUGAGUGAACCCAAUGCUGGCUCCGAUCUCGUUAGCAUGAGAACGAAAGCAGAUCGAGUGGAUGGUGGCUACCUCAUCAAUGGAACCAAAAUGUGGUGCACAAAUGGUCCAAUUGCUCAAACAUUGGUUGUAUUUGCAAAAACUGAUAUCACAGCCGGCUCGAAAGGAAUCACAGCCUUCAUUGUUGAGAAGGGAACGCCAGGGUUUUAUACAGCACAGAAGCUGGAUAAGCUAGGCAUGAGAGGUAGUGAUACAUGUGAGCUUGUCUUCGAGAACUGCUUCGUUCCCGAAGAAAACGUGCUUGGACAGGAAGGAAAAGGGGUUUACGUGAUGAUGGCAGGGCUCAACUUCGAGAGGCUCGUGUUUUCGGGUGCACCAAUUGGGAUCAUGCAGGCGUGCCUCGACACCGUUCUUCCUUACGUUCGGCAGAGAGAACAGUUUGGGCGGCCAAUUGGGGAGUUUCAGUUCAUACAGGGGAAGGUUGCCGACAUGUAUACUUCCCUGCAAUCGUCAAGGGCUUAUGCAUACUCUGUUGCAAGGGACUGUGACAAUGGAAGAGUGGACUCAAAGGACUGUGCUGCAAUCUUGCUUAAUGCUUCGGAACGAGCUACACAGGUCGCCUUGCAGGCAAUACAAUGUCUGGGUGGCAAUGGAUACAUCAAUGAAAAUCCAACUGGCCGUUUUCUUCGAGAUGCCAAGUUAUACGAGAUUGGUGCUGGGACAACCGAGAUUAGACGAAUGAUCAUCGGUCGACAACUCUUCAAGCAGUACUAG